CUGUCAUUCCCCUUCAAACCCCUCGAGGUUGGCUGUCAUCUCUGCCAACAUGGGUCUCAUCACAGGACUUUUUACUUUCUUGUACCACCUACCACAAAUCUACAAAUGGCUGCUGAAACCGUAUUAUAUCACCUCGUUCCUCAUGACUGUCGCCUUCCUGGUGGUCCGAAAGGCUCCCGGUCUGUGCGAGUACCUGGCGACCCAGCGCGAGGACGGAAACUCCUGCGACUUUGACUGGAGAGAGGUGGAGAUUCUCAUGUUUCUCAGUGCAAUAGUGAUGAUGAAGAACAGGAGAGCAAUCACACUGGAGCAGCACAUAGGGAACUUGUUCUUGUUCAGUAAAGUGGCCAACGUCAUCCUCUUCUUCAGGCUGGACAUUCGGCUCGGCAUCCUUUACCUCGCAUUGUGUGUCGCAUUUGUCAUGACCUGUAAGCCACCUCUCUACAUGGGCCCCGAGUACAUCAAGUACUUCAGUGACACGACCAUAGAUGAGGAGUUGCAGAGUGACAGUCGUGUUACCUGGAUCGUUGAAUUCUACGCCAAUUGGUCCUCUGACUGCCAGUCCUUUGCUCCCGUCUUUGCUGACCUUUCACUCAAGUACAACUGUGCUGGACUCAGGUUUGGGAAGGUGGACAUUGGACGCUAUGGAGAGGUUUCAGAGAAGUACAGGGUGAGUACUUCUCCUCUGGCCAAGCAGCUGCCCUCACUGGUGCUUUUCCAAGGAGGACGUGAACUUAUGAGACGCCCAAUGGUGGACAAUAAAGGGAGAGCAGUGUCAUGGACAUUCAAUGAAGAAAACAUUAUCCGAGAGUUUAACCUCAACGAGCUCUUCCAAAAGUACAAAAAGCUGAACAAAAGUCGUGGCUUGAAAGAGGAAGGGGAGCAUAACGGCACUCAGCCAGAGGACGGCAGCAACGAGCUCAAUCCUGAAACCAACAAUCCGGAGCAGCUCACAGAGAGCAAGAAAGACCAGUAAGGUGUGUUGAUGCUAGAAUGGAUGGUCCAAGGGAUCAGGGAGGGACUGCCAUAAUUAAUAUUGACCACAGCCAUAAUUUUUUUCUACUAUUAUUGCAUCUCGGCAGUAUGCUUUAAGUCCACAGUCCCACGUCAACUUCCUGUCCUCCCUCUGGUUCUGGCAGAGAACAUCCUGGGUCAGUGGGGCUUGCUGGAGGCUACUUAGGGGCUGUGGGAUAAAGCCAAGCUGCUGAGAGUCAAGGGUCUGUGUACACAACCGGGUGCCUGCUGUCAGCUGUCCUCUAGUGUCCACAUACUCUACGGGCCUCAGCUUUCCUCACACCAGCUUUGACUGCCUCUCCAGCAACAGUAAAGCCCUACUGAUUCAGGCUAUGCUCUGCUUCUCCGCAAGAAAACCAGAGCUAGGGCAGCUGUUCGACAGGGUCCAUGCCUACAGCAAGUGGCCCUUUUACGCUAUCCUUGAGUGUCCAUUUACCCCCGGGUGUACAACUCUUGACUUUUCGUGCCCCCGUUCUCAACGUUUGUUCCCUAUAACUGGUAAAGAGGGUCAAAACAGGAGAAGUCACAGUUUCAAAUUAUGUCUCACAGUUGGGGAACAACACAUGCACAGUGAAAUGACCAAAAGCUAAAUCACAGGACAAAAAUAUACUUUUGUAAAUGACCAUAAACAGACUCUUUGUAUAUGCAAUCUGUAUGCAAGCGCUCUAUUGAUUAUUGGCGAUCAUCAAUUUGAGCUUAAAGUUAUGAUUUUUAAACAACAUACUGUACUAUGACCUGUUUUGGGAUUUUUGGACGACACACUAUGGUAUUACAAAAAUUUGUCAGGCCAAGCACACCUAAUGAAACUAAAGUGGUGCACCCAGGGGGCACCUGAGCGGACAUCAUCCCUUUUUUUCUAUCAGCAUGUGCUAUAACCCUCCAACACUGCAGCGCCAGUUUCGCUGCACAUGCCUCUCUUAAACAGCCUUGAUGACUGGACGAAACGUUUCGCGCUCUAGCACAUAGCAACACUGCGGGGUGGGACUUGUCCCUCCAGACCAUCCAUUCUAGCAUCAACGUUGAUUCAGAGAGGGACUGCAACAAGUAUUUCCUUUUCUUCUGACAUUACCAUGCCUUACAUUAUUGCCAAAUAUUAUGGAAUGGAAAGAGGAAAACAAGUUUAACCACUAGAUGUCAAGUCUUUAUCGUAGCAAAUAAUAAAGAAAAGGCUGGACCAUGUUUCCCUGGUCUGACUGGGUUUGAUACAGUAUGGUGUGUUAUUACUUAAGUUAUUUGUUGAAUAAAGGCCUUUUUUGUAAUGACUGUUGUUUGGCUACAUCUCAUUGCUGUUUAAACUUUUGUUGGCUGUAUUUUGUGUGUUUACUGUCUGAUGUUUCAAAACCAAAGUAAAAUGUAAGAGGUAAUACAAAAACUGUAAAAAAAAAAAAAAAUAAUGAAUGAAAUAAAUAAUGACAUUUUAAAAAGUGUGCAAAUAAAAGAUUUAUGAUGAACAGAAUUUUUCAUAAGUUUGACCUUUUUUAUUCUGAGAAGACAUCUUUUUAAAAAUUCUUUAUAAGGCCAUUUUGGAAAUGUUUUCAAUGUACUCGUUACAGAUAUUUGUGAAACUCGUUCCAUUCAUCACAGCCCACAAUAGCAAUAUUUUAUCUCACAUAGAAGUAUACUCACUGUACUCACAUAGUUUCAAAUUGUUCAGAGGCCAUCAUCCCUGGCCAGAAAGGAAGAAAAGUAACACAGGUUCUCUUUAUCUCUGUGUGACGGCUGUCCGUGCCAUUAAUAAUGCUUCUUUUCUUGUUGCCACCCACACAUCAACCAGGGGGGCUUUUGACAAUAUUCUCACAAGUACACACGCCAGUGAAGCAUUCAGCACAACAAACAAAAGUCACAUGCACACCAAAGACAUAGCCUAGGAGGGUAAAACUUGUAGCACGGUCCUUUGGGUUGAACCAUAAUAACGCGUGUGCUUCAAGCGUGUACUUUUCCCCCAAAAGACGUGCUACAUUCAGCCAGCUUUGACAUUCUACUGCUAACACCGCUGUAGGCCUCGACAAAAAAAAAUUAAAUUAAAUGGUAACCAUAAUGCCCAAUCCAGAAACUCCCAUAUACACCUCCAUUCCUCUAUUUUUAAAGCAUGGCUGUGGGUUAAAAAAAAAAAUUAAUUGUACCUUUUACAGUAGUUUUAAAAAAAAUGAAUAAGUCAAUCAAAAAGUAUA